ACCAGUCAUUACGAAUACAAGGCCAGUCAUUACGGUCCCGCGUUAUUUUUUUCUUGCUUCUCGGCCAUCUUCACGGCCGUACCUUUUGAUAUUCGGGGUUAAAAAACUCAAUCCUCCUCUAUUUUUUACCACCAUUUUCAAGAAACAGGCGAUUUUUGUUGGCAUCAAUGAAGAAGACCGUCUUAACAUCUCAGAUCUGAGAAUUUUCAGCUUGAAAAAGGAUUUUGAAUUGUGUACAAGAGGUCCUAACCAUGGUUCUAGACAGCUUAUCAUCUCCCCAUAGGAGAACACAAAAUCCGAUUUCACCUUUAACUUCUUACAAGAAACCAUUUACGACGCGCGACUUUGAUGGUUGGGCAACUCUUUUUCAGCGGCACCGCUUUCUCUUGACCAUGCUAGCGGUCUUGGGCUUUCUAUGCACUGUCUAUCUUUAUUUUGCCGUCACCUUGGGGCCCACAGAAUCAUGUUCAGGCUUGAGCGGGGCCAAGAAGUCAUUGUGUGAAUUGGAGCGAGCAAAAUCAUCUAUGUCCCACAAAGGUAAGUUGAGAUUCUUUUGAUUGUGAUUUGGAACUCUAUUUUUUCUCCCAUAAGAUAUGUUUAGGAAUUAUAGUUAGAUAUUUAUGUAUUUUGGAUAUUGGGGGUAUUGAUUGGCAAGCUUUAAUAUCCCUACGUCAAUUAAUUAUUUUUAUGUCAAGAUUUUCCUAUAUGUAUUUAUGGAGUUUUGGUCUUGGGAGCUUGUAAUUGUUUUGUUCUGGUGCUUUGGAUGUGACGAAUGUGUCAAUGAAUUGAGUCAUAGUUGGAUCAUACUAACCUGAUCAAAUUAUGUAAGAAGAGUAAACAACCUGACCCCUGGAGCAGAUGGUAAAUCACAGAAAUGACUAUGUAACUAACUUGAAUGUGGUGGAUUGACUAUUUGAUCCCUAUGAUUUAUUGGAUGCCAUUCGAGUUGCCCUCAUC